UUAUGAUUCCUUAUCCUCCAAUAAUUCAACCAACUCUAAGGUCAGCAAAUCAGAGUAGUGGAUUCAAAGAAGCAGAAGAUAAAUUUUAACAUUCUACUCCAAAAUACGUUCUAAAAGUUCCGAUCCCUUCAUUACCAACAUUACAAUAAGCAGGUUAAUCAGAUAACAAAAGUAAAUCAGGACAUAAGGAGAAUAAUUUCAGUGCAAUUACAUUUGAUUAGAAGUAUUAAUUGACAAUUCAAAAAGAAAAUGGAAUCCAGAUAGCCAAGGUUCUGAUAAUAAGUGUGUAUUAUCUUAAUCAGCUAAGAAAGUUAAUACAGAAAAUGAUGAUGGCUCAAGUAUAGUUGAAAAGUCUUUUACCGAAGCAGCCUAAAAGAUUUUGAAAAUUAAAAACCUUGAAUUGGAAAAUAAAGUUUCAUUGCUUGUUAUUGAAAAUGAACGUCUAACUACAUUUCUUAAUGAUCAAUUUUAAGAAAAUGAAAAAUUAACAAAUGAUGUAUAAAAUUAUUAAACAAGUCUCUAAGAUUUAUCUAAAAACUAUGAAGAUAAAUUAAAUAUUGUUUUAUUAGAAAAUGAAAAAAUUGUAGCUAUCAAUUAAACAUUAACUAUAAAGAAUGAGUAGAUGUAAAAUUAAAUUAAAAGAUUAUUGAAUGAAAAAGAUGAUGAAAUUAAUAAGACUAGAAAAGAAUGGGCAGGUAAAUAUCAAUAAUAAAUUAAUUAAAUUGAUGAAAUGAGAAAAAGUGAAAUACAUUAAAUAGAUAAUAGAAUCGAAAAAUUAUAAUUUGAAAAAUCAGAAUUACAAGCCUUAAUAUAAGAAUAAUAAACAAAAUUAAUGUAAUUUCAAAUUGAAAUUAAAGUCAGAGAUUAAACAUUAGUUGAUUAUGAAAAUGUAAAAGCUGAUUUGUCAUCUAAAAUACAUAAAAUUGAAAUGAUGAGUUAAACUAUAUUAGCAUAAGAAAAGAGAAUAAAUGAUUUGGAAACAAGAUUAGAUAUCAUGGUAGCAGAUAAUAAAUAAUUACAUGAUGUAAAUGAACAAUUAAAUUAAACAUAAAGAAUACUUUAAGGAACUAUGGAAGAUAGAUAAAUUGAAUUUGAUAGGGAAUCUCAUAAACAAAAAGAUUUCUAUGAAUUAGAAUUAAAAACAUUGAGUAGCAAAAAUAAAUAACAAAUUGAAGAAAUUAAACUUUAACAUUAAGAAUAAUUGUAAACUCAAAGGAUUUAAAUAGAAAAUGAAUUAAUUAAAGAAAUAGAAUAAUAUAAGAUGGAAUUGGAGACUAAAUAGAAUGAAUUGAAUAACAAUUUAUUAAUUUGGUAAGAGAAAGAGAGAAAUAUUACAUAAGAAAAUAAGAAAGAAAUAGAAAUAAAAGAUUAAAUGAUAUCAACAUUAAAAUUUUCAAAUUAGAGUUUAUAAGAUUAAAUGAAUCAAUUAUAAACAUUAAUUAAUAAGUAAUCAAUUAAAAUAUUUAAGAAUGCAAGAAGAUUUUGAUAGUUAAUAUAGUUAGAAAGAGACAGAAUGUGUAAAGAUGGCCAAGAAUAUCCAUGUAAAGGAAUAGGCAUUGAAAUAGAUGAGUUUAAGAUUAGAUGAAAUUUGUAAAUAAGUUAAGAUUCUAGAAGAAUAGAGAGAUGAUUAAAAUACAGAGAUGAAAAAUAAAAAUGAUAAAGUUAAAGAUCUUGAAAUGAAAUUAGAUAUUGUUGUAAAAGACAAUGAUACUUUAGAAAAUUAGUUGAAAAAUACAGAGACUUAAGUAAGAUUUAUAAAUAGAUUUAGUUAUAAUUAUUGGAGUAAAGAUAUGUAAAUUUAGAGUAAUCAAGUGAAUAAAAGAUAGAAGAUAUGAAAAUAUAAUAUUCAUUGGAAGUGUAAGCAUAAAUUGAAUAAUGUAUUACUUAAUAUUAAUAAACAAUUAAAUAUGAAUAAGAUCACUCUGAAUAAUUAAUGAAGAAUUUAAAGAAAUAAUAAGAAAAGGCUAAGCAUUUUGAAUUGUUAAGUGAAUAAUAAUUAAAUGAUAUGGAAAAAUUAAAUAAGAGAAUAGAAGAAUUGAUUGAUGUAUGUGAAUAAAAUUAAUCAAAAAUGUUGACUUUAGAGAAUCUUCUUAAAGAAAGAGAUAAUGAAUAUGAUGCUUUAAAUAGAAAAUUAUUAUAAAUUACAGAAAAUUAUGAAUUGUAAUUUUAUUAAUUAAUUAUUAGAUAAAUUGAUGUUUUGAAAAAAUAAAUGUAUGAUAUGGGUAUUUAAAAUGAAGAUUUGGCAUAGAAUUUUAAUUAAACAUAAGAAGCAUUUAUGAGUAAGAUUAAUUAAUAAUUAAUUUAGAAUAUGAUGAAUAAAGGAAGAAAACAAUGAAUGAUUUAGCAGAUGUGACAAAAUAGAAAAUUGAUUAAGAUUAAUUAAUAAAAAAGAUGAGAAUUUAAGUUUAAAGUUUGGAUGAAGAAAAUCGAAAGAAUUCUGAAGAUUCUCAUAAAUUUAAGAAUUAAGUUUAUUAGUUAUAAUAAGAAAUAGAAGAAAUUACAAGAAGUCUACAAUUAAAUUUUGCUGAAAAAGAAUAAGAAUUACAAAAUAAAUAUGAGAAUACUAUUAUGGAUUUAACUUAAUAAUUAAAUACUUUAACAAUGAAAUUUAAUGAUUUAGUUAGAAAAGAGAAAGAUAAUAGAUUUAGAUUAAAAUUGUUGAAAAGUAAUCCUUAAAUGAAAUUGCCAUCAGAAUUGGAAGAUGAAAAUUGUUAUGAAACAAUGAAGAGAAAAAUGGAAGAUCAAUCUCAAUAUUUAUAAAGAUUAAUUUUGGAAAAUGAUGAAUUAAAACAACAAUAAUAUUCACAUAUAAGUAAAGGUUAAUUAAAUGAAUAAAUUAAAUAAAAAUCUUAGAGAUAGAGUAUGAAUAUUAUCAAAGAUUACACUACUUAAGAUACAGAACGUACUCUACGUUAAAAUGAAUAUCAGAAACCUAUCAAUCCAUUUAAAUAGCAGCCAGUAAAAGUUGUACCAGUAAUCUAUUAUUAUUAUAUAUAAGGUUAUGAAUAAUUAACAAAAUAUUAUUGAACAUAGAUAUGGUAGUAAUAAACCGAUUGAAAGAGAUGUCUAUUUGGGUUAAACAUAAAAUACACGGACUGAACCACAUUUAUAUAGGAAAUAAUCAUUACAACGAUUUUGA